AUGUCAAACACGCCCCCGACAACGCCUGCAAACACCAAUCUAUUCACCACUCGGGACUACCGUGGUGCUACAAUCGAAGACUUGAACAUCCCACAAGCAAUAUCCACCAACCCCACUUCAUCCAUCUACGAAGCUAUAGAAAUUGGAUACGAGUAUGAGUUCACGUAUUUGCCAGUAAUACACGAGUUGAACAAGCGAUUGUUGGGUGUUGUCAAUCUAGAGCAGUUCAAAACGGGGUCACCACAACAGCCACAACAGCAAAAACAGCAAAAACAGGAGAAUAGAGAUCAGAAUGUGCAGCCUAUUGUAUUCAAUUACAUGUUGUGGUUUAACCCAUCGGCCAAACGCAAGUAUGAGCAAGAGAUCUUACACAAGAAAGAUGAUACUGGAAGUAAGAGUCAAGUAACCAAAACUACUCCAAAGACCAAGAUUUUGAAACCCAGGGGUAAAAGAUACAGUGUUUUAACUCCUUACAGUCCUUUGGAGGAUUUGGCUUCCUUUUUCAACAGAGGAAACUACUUUGCCAUCGUCACCAAUGAUCUGGGUAAUUUUGUAUACGGAGUAGUCACACCUCAAGAUCUACUCAAGUAUGAACAAAGUCGACCAAAGUUGUAG